GAGGGAGGAGUAAGAGGGCGAAGGGCGGGGCGGUGGAAGGGGGGCGCGGCGGGGUUGCGACUCGCCAGCCGAGGAUCCCAGCGGGGAAGUCGGUUGGAGAGGAAGCAACCAGCACGCUGCAGCCAUGGCUUUGCUCAGAGGAAUAUUCAUUGUUUCUGCCAAGAGGACUCCAUUUGGGGCUUAUGGCGGCCUGCUUAAGGACUUCACCGCCACGGAUCUUGCCGAGAUUGCAGCUCGGUCAGCCUUGUCUGCUGGCAAAAUAUCUCCAGAAAUCAUUGACAGCGUGAUUGUGGGCAACGUCAUGCAGAGUUCUAGAGAUGCUGCUUACCUCGCGCGACAUGUUGGCUUACGUGUUGGAGUGCCCGUCCCAGUUCCUGCCUUAACCAUCAAUAGAUUGUGUGGAUCAGGCUUCCAGUCUAUUGUUAAUGGGUGUCAGGAAAUUAGCCUUAAAGAUUCUGAAGUGGUGCUCUGUGGUGGAACGGAAAACAUGAGCCAGACGCCUUUUGCUGUUCGAAAUAUGCGUUUUGGAACAAAACUAGGAGUUGAUCUCCAGCUGGAAGACAUAUUGUGGUCCGGUCUAACCGAUGCACAUAUCCAGACUCCUAUGGGUGUCACAGCUGAAAAUCUUGCUGCAAAAUACAACAUUACAAGGGAAGAGUGUGACCGCUACGCCUUCAAGACACAACAGAGGUGGAAAGCUGCUCAGGAAGCCGGACGUUUUAAGGCUGAGAUGGCCCCCAUUGAAGUGAAAGUUAAGAAAACUAAACAGAUCAUGGAACGCGAUGAACAUCCCCGGCCGGAAGUGACAUUGGAGCAACUGGGAAAACUCCCUACAGUCUUUAAGAAGGAUGGCACCGUCACAGCAGGGAACGCCUCGGGGGUGAGCGAUGGGGCAGGAGCUGUGAUCCUAGCAAGUGAAGAUGCCAUAAAAAAGCACAACCUCUCUCCUUUGGCUAGAAUUGUUAGUUAUCACGCAGUUGGGUGCGAUCCUAACAUCAUGGGGAUUGGUCCUGUGCCUGCUGUUACUGAAGCCCUCAAGAAAGCUGGCCUUUCUUUGAAAGACAUGGAUUUGGUUGAGGUUAAUGAAGCAUUUGCACCGCAGUACUUAUCUGUGGAAAAGGUUCUGGGUCUGGACCCCGAGAAGACCAACGUCAAUGGAGGCGCCAUUGCUUUGGGUCACCCUCUGGGAGCUUCAGGCUCCAGGAUCACGAGUCAUCUGGUUCACGAACUAAGGCGCCGUAAAGGCAAAUACGCCGUGGGUUCUGCCUGCAUCGGAGGUGGCCAAGGCAUAGCUGUCGUCAUUGAGAAUAUUGCCUGAAGGACAAGCUAGAGGCUGCUAGGAUUUAACCCUGCAUUCUCUGCUAACUGUUACACAACCAAUUGAAGAAAUGAGAGAGAGAGAGAGAGAGGGAGGGAGAAUUACAAUUGUCCUUUUGUGCUCCGAUUGGUAAUAAUCUAGUCUAAAGUGAAGGACUAGGCUAACAUCUGUUUUUUAGAGAAAGUAACAAGCUAACCUUCAACUGAUGGUGUGGAUUUGUCCCUAAUUUUUAUUGAUCCAUUACCUCCCACUGAAUUUAAUUUUGAUUUUUUUUAAUAAAAAAUGUUAUUGGAGAAAUGUUUAGCAGCCAACAAUUUGAGCCAAAAUGAACCUAGAGCACGACGUUU